GCAUCAUGUUCUAUGGGGAUAUUAUACUUUUGUUCUGCAACACCAUUGCGAGGUCGUAUCAAUCCCAUGAGCUCGUCUUCAGGUUGGGUAAAGCCAAGUAGGCAGAGUUCCAAGGGGUAUUUUCCAUAAGCGAUCUUCGGGAGGGCUACGCUGGCUAGUCUUGAUGUUGUGUGGGUUUGUCGGUGGUGCAGUAAGCCUGGGGCGAGCGGCUGGAAGGAGUUGCACCCAGCUCGCUGGGGUGGGGUAUGAUGAUGUCUGGUACACCUGGUGGGGGAUUGGCUGGGUCCAGCUCGGGCUUGGUGCCGUGGUAGCGGCGCUGGCGUGGAGGUAUUUCUGGGGGGUGUUUAUGGUCUGGGCGCCGACGUUGUUGUUGCGUAUCUUGUGGUUGUCCCGACGCUUCACGGCUUCGUUUUGUUUCUUGUUCUGGGCUCACUGACCGUCGAGACGAGGCUCUUCCGGCUCCUCAGCAUCAUCGGAAACUUCUUCCUCAUGGCCGGGGAGAGGUGACGCGCCACCACUGACCGGACAUCCAGCCGUGGCGGAGGGUGCUGGUUGACCCUCCCAUCUCGUCGACGGCGUCGUCUUCUAGACCAAUUCAAAGGUGAUUGAGCAGGAGGCUCCCCAGACCAUCGUCCAGGUUGCACGCGUUCGAUGAUUUGCUUGCCUGUUCUUUUUCGGCUCGGGAUUGCGGCUCAGGAGUAAUUUAGGUACUGCUAGAGGGAGU